AAGGUGGGGGAGCAAAAUCGGCUACUGGAGGCCGACUCCAAGUCGAUGCGCUCCAUGAACGGCUCACGAAGGAACAGCGGCUCAUCCUUGGUCUCCAGCUCUUCGGCCUCCUCCAACCUCAGCCACCUCGAGGAGGACACCUGGAUCCUCUGGGGCCGCAUCGUCAACGAGUGGGACGAGUGGCGGAAGAAGAAGGAGAAGCUGCUGAAGGAGCUCAUCCGUAAAGGGAUCCCCCACCACUUCCGUGCCAUCGUCUGGCAGCUGCUCUGCAGUGCCACCGACAUGCCUGUCAAAAACCAAUACUCGGAGCUGCUCAAGAUGUCCUCUCCCUGCGAGAAGCUCAUCCGACGGGAUAUCGCCCGCACUUACCCGGAGCACGAGUUCUUCAAGGGACAGGACAGUCUGGGCCAGGAGGUGCUCUUCAACGUCAUGAAGGCCUAUUCGCUGGUGGACCGGGAGGUCGGAUACUGCCAGGGUAGCGCCUUCAUCGUGGGACUGCUGCUCAUGCAGAUGCCCGAGGAAGAGGCCUUCUGCGUGUUCGUGAGGCUGAUGCAGGAAUACCGCUUACGGGAGCUCUUCAAACCCAGCAUGGCCGAGCUGGGCCUCUGCAUCUACCAGUUUGAGUACAUGCUGCAGGAGCAGCUGCCAGAGCUGAACAUCCACUUCCGCUCGCAGAGCUUCCUCACCUCCAUGUAUGCUUCGUCCUGGUUCCUCACCCUCUUCCUCACCACCUUCCCCCUUCCCGUGGCCACGCGCGUCUUCGACAUCUUCAUGUACGAGGGGCUGGAGAUCGUCUUCCGCGUGGGGAUGGCACUGCUGCAGUUCAACCAGGCUGAGCUCGUUCAGCUCGACAUGGAGGGCAUGUCCCAGUACUUCCAGAAGGUGAUCCCACACCAGUUCGACAGUUGCCCCGACAAGCUCAUCCUCAGGGCCUUCCAGGUCAAGUACAACCCCAAGAAGAUGAAGAGGCUGGAGAAGGAGUACGCCGCCAUCAAGAACAAAGAGAUGGAGGAGCAGAUCGAGAUCAAGCGCCUCCGCACCGAGAACCGCUUGCUGAAACAGCGCAUCGAAACCCUGGAGAAGGAGAGCGCGGCUCUCGCCGACAGGCUCAUCCAGGGCCAGGUGACACGGGCGCAGGAGGCGGAGGAGAACUACAUCAUCAAGCGGGAGCUGGCGGUGGUGAAGCAACGCUGCACCUCGGCCACCGAGAACCUGCAGCGUGCCCAGACCACCAUCCGGCAGCUGCAGGACCAGCAGGGGAACCCACGCUUCAGCGAGGAGUUUGUCACCCACCUGGAGACGGAGCUGGAGCAGUCGCGGCUGCGGGAGAGCGAGACCCUUGGCGCCCUCAAGGAGAUGCAGGAUAAAGUCCUCGACAUGGAGAAGAGGAACAGCCUGCUGCCGGACGAGGACAACGUGGUGCGGCUGCAGGAGGAGCUGCAGGCGCUGGCGCUGCGCGAGGCCGAGGCCGUCAAGUCGCUGACGGAGCUGCAGCAGCAGGUGAAGGACCUCAGUGACAGCUGGCAGGCGGGCCGGGGCCAGAUCCAGCGCACGGUGCUGGGCCAGGCGGAGCAGACCUGCGCGGGGCUGCGGGAGCAGCUGCGGCUGGCGGCGGCGCAGAGCAAGGGGCUGCAGGCGCAGCUCAGCGAGAGCCACCGCAAACACGCCGAGGCCCAGUGCAAGAGGGAGGAGGGCAUGAUCCAGGGGCAGCUCAACCACUCGGACGCCGCCCAGUACAUCCGCCAGCUCAAGGACCACAUCGACGAGCUCAAGGCCGAGAUCCGGCUGCUGCGGGGGCCACUGGCCUUCGGGGCGGUGGGGCUGGGGACACGCCUGGGGGACGAGGACUCGCUGGGUUCCUCCGACGAGGAGCUGCCACCCUUCGCCCUGACCCACGGGGACAUCGGGGACCUCAGGGACCUCGGGGACAUGGGAGACAGCAGCGACAGCGAGACCGAGGGGGCACCCACGGCACCGUGA